AUGAAACACACUUCCUUUUCAAUCCUCUGCCUUACAACUUCAGCCCUUGCCGAGGUUAACUUUGGCAACUGGCGUCCGCCGGUCCAGGGUGACCUACGAUGCGGCUGCCCCGCCAUGAACAGCAUGGCAAACCACGGCUUCAUCAACCGCGACGGACGCAACCUGACGAUAGCGGCCGUGGUCCCUCUCCUGGUCGAGGUCUUCCACCUGAGCACGGAGCUGGCCACCAUCGUAACCCAGCUCGGCCUCUCCACCGCCCCGAACCCGAGCGCGGGCACCUUUACGCUAGGCGACCUCAACGCACAUAACCUGUUUGAGCACGACGCGUCGCUCUCGCGCAAGGACUUCUUUUUCGGCGGCGACGGCUUCACGUUUGACAGUGCUACAUUUGGCCAGUGGUUCUCGCAUUUCGACGGCGAGGAGUUCAUCGACCUGGCGAGCGCUGCUGCGGCUAGGUACUCGCGCAUCAAGGACUCUCGUGAUCGCAAUCCGACAUUUUUCUACGACAACCUCAAGCGCAUCACCAGUUACGGUGAGACGGUCAAGUUUUUGCGUACCAUGGUGGACCCCAGGAACCAUAAGUGUCGCAGGGACUUUGUUGAAAUAUUUUUCAGACAACAGCGACUCCCCUACAAGGAGGGAUGGCGCAGACCUGCCACUGAAAUUAGCGGGUUUUCUCUCGCUGGUGACGUCCUCGAGCUGGCGCUGCUGACACCUGAGAAGAUGGGUCUGAAUGAUAUUACUAUGGACGUCUCAAGGUUCAACAGCCCAGCCCCAGGACCUGAUCUCCCUCCAAAGCUUUCUAAACCGCCCACAUCCGGCGAGCCUGGUGGAGCUCCUGGGCUCGGUGUCCCCGGCGGGCUUAAGCAUCCCAAAGCCCUAGGGCUGUGA